AUGCACCUGCUGCGCUACGCGACCUGGGGCGACCUCGGCCUCUUCUCGCUGGCCAUGGCCACCGUCACGAUCUCCGGCGCGAACCAGCCCGCGCAGCUCAUCAUCUUCGGCAACCUCAUCGACUCGUUCAACGACGACAACACGGCCAAGGCCGUGCGCCUCGUCCACUUCUUCGCGCUCAUGUACGCGCUCGUCGGCGUGCAGCAGCUCAUCACCAUCACGAUCCAGACGGCGCUCGCGACGCGCGUCGCCGCGAAGCAGGCGCGGCGCUGCCGCGAGCACUACUUCGCGGCGCUGCUCCGGCAGCCCGUCGCGUGGUUCGACGGCGAGAACCAGGGCGCCGUCGGCGCGUCCGUGCUCGAGUCGACGCUGGCCAUCCAGGACGGUUUAGGCGAGAAGUUCACGACGGGCCUCCAGGGCGUCCUGGCCUUCGUCUUCGGCGUCGCCGUGUCGCUCUACUACGCGUGGUCGCUGACGCUCGUGACCAUCGGCGCGCUGCCGAUCAUCGUCGCCCUCCUCGGCGCGGCGGCGGCCUGGCAGAAGAAGUCGAACGACCGCGCGACGGCGGCGUCCGCGGAGGCGUCCGCGGCCGCCAUGGAGGCGCUGACGAACGUCCGCACCGUCGCGGCGUUCGGCGCGGAGCAGCUCGAGGCCGACAAUUACCGCGCCAAGUGCGCCGAGGCCGCCCGGGAGUCCCUGGGCUCCGCCGUGGCCACGGGCCUGAACGGCGCGUUGGUCGCGGCCAUCCUCUACAGCACGUGGGCGCUCGGGCUCUGGUACGGGUCGUACCUCAUCCGGUCGGACAUGGCGGACCGCGACGAGUGCAACUAUCGGGUCAUGGAGGACGGCGACGUCCGCGAGCCGGCCAACGACUGCGUCACGGGCGGCGACAUCAUGACGGCGUUCCUCUGCGUGUUGUUCGGGGGUUUGGCGCUGCUCCAGGCGCUUCCCGGCAUCGCCGCGUUCACGCUCGCGACGGCCGAGGCGCGCAAGAUCUUCAAGAUCAUCGACGACGCCGAGGUCGCGGCCGAGGCCCACGCGGCGGACUCGAAAGCCAAGGCCAGGGAGGCGUCGGCGCCCGCGGGCGCCGUCGCCGGCGGCGCGAUCGCGUUCUCCCGAGUGACGUUCGCGUACCCGACGCGGCCGGACCGGCCCGUCUACGCCGGCCUGACCCUGGCCGUCGACGCGGGCCAGACCUGCGCGCUGGUGGGCCCCUCGGGCUGCGGCAAGUCCACGGCCGUGUCGCUGCUGCUCCGCUUCUACGACGUCGACGGCGGCGCGCUGCUCGUCGACGGCGUCGACGCGCGGACCUGGGACGUCGCCGCGCUCCGCGCGAAGAUCGGCCUCGUCGCCCAGGAGCCCGUGCUCUUCAGCGGCACCAUCGCCGACAACAUCGCCCACGGCCGCGCGGGCGCGGGCCGCGCGGACGUCGAGCGCGCCGCGAAAUUGGCGAACGCGUUCGACUUCGUGGGCGCGUUCCCCGACGGCUUCGAGACGGAGGUCGGCGACUGCGGCGUCCAGCUCUCGGGCGGCCAGAAGCAGCGCGUGGCCAUCGCGCGCGCGCUCGUCCGCGACCCGGAGAUCCUCGUGCUCGACGAGGCGACGUCCGCGCUCGACGCCAAGUCGGAGCGCGUCGUCCAGCGGGCCAUCGACGACGUCGUCACGGCCCAGAGGCGGACGACGCUCGUCAUCGCCCACCGCCUGUCCACGGUGCGCCGCGCGGACAAGAUCGCCGUCUUCGCCGACGGCGCCGUCGCCGAGGAGGGCACGCACGAGUCGCUCAUGGACGCGCGCGGCACGUACUACGCGUUGGUCGAGGCGCAGCUCCACGACCCCACGGGCAUGGACCGGUCGCCGUCGUCGGAGGCGCUGGCGGAGCACGCCGCCGCCGAGGACGUCGUCGUGGCCGUGCCCGUCGAGGCCAAGGAGAAGAACGACGAUACCAAGGUCGCGCCGGAGGACGCCGCGAAGGACGACGUGUCCGCGUCGUCCGUCGUCGGCUGGCUCUGGUCCGUCGCCGACGGCGACCGGCGCUGGGCGGGCCUGGGCUGCCUCGGCGCGGGCAUCGGCGGCGCGACGCAGCCGCUGGUCGGGUUCCUCAUGGCCGAGUUUAUCACGGCCUUCUUCAACACGGACCGGCGCGACAUGCGCCGCGAGGCCCAGUUCUGGGCGCUGAUGUUCGUCGCCAUGGGCGGCGGCGGCGCCAUCGGCGAGCUCUUCAAGUCCUACGGGCUCACGCGGGUCGCCGAGCGCGUCGUCCGCGACGUCCGCGCGGCGUCGUUCGAGUCGAUGAUCCGCCAGGCCGUCGGCUGGCACGACUCGCCGACGACGACCGCGGGCGCGCUCGCCGCGCGCCUCGCCCAGGACUGCUCGGCCGUGCGCGCGCUCGUCGGCCAGCGCAUCGCGCUCUCCGUGGCGAUGCUCGUCAUCGUGCUCGGCGGUUUGGCGUUGAGCUUCGACGCGUCGUGGCGCCUCACGCUCGUCACGCUGGCGAUCAUCCCCAUGAUCGUCGCGCCCAUCGCGAUCACGGCGACCUACGUGGCCAAGGUCGCCGAGGCGGCGAACGAGUCGCUCACGCGGGCCGGCGGCGUCGCGGCCGAGGCCGUGCUCCACGUGCGCACGGUCCGCGCCUACGGCAUCGAGGCCGCCGUGACGGCCAAGUUCGACGAGUUCCUCGCGCUGCCGGAGCAGCAGGCCAUCCGCAAGGGCGUCGCGGGCGGCCUGGGCGCGGGCGUCGCCGCGGCGACGAUCCUCUUCGGCGCGGCCUUCCAGUACUACAUCGGCGGCCUCUUCUUCCGCAAGGGCUGGGUCGAGUUCGGCGACCUCAUGACCGUGCUGCUCGUCGUCAUCUUCAUGGCGUUCGGCAUCGGCGCGGUCGCGGGCGACUCCGUGGACAAGGCCGAGGCCAUGGCGUCCGCGAAGAAGGUCUUCGCGCUCGUGCACCGCGAGAGCGCCAUCGACGCGCUCGCGCCCGAGGCGGGCGCGAACGCGACGCUCGCCGCGGCGUCCGGCGGCCUCGCGGUGACCUUCGACGCCGUCGAAUUCGCCUACCCGACGCGGCCGGACCGGCCCGUCUACGCGGGCCUCUCCCUGACGGUGAACCCCGGCGAGACCGUGGCCUUCGUCGGCGAGUCCGGCGCGGGCAAGUCGACGGCGGUCCAGCUGCUGCUGCGCUACUACGACUGCGACGGCGGCCGCGUGCUCGUCGACGGGUUGGACGUGCGGUCCGUCGGCGUCAAGAGCCUCCGCGCGUCCAUCGGCCUCGUGUCCCAGGAGCCCUGCCUCUUCACGGGCACCAUCGCCGACAACAUCCGCUACGGCAAGCCGGCCGCGACGGACGACGAGGUCGAACGGGCCGCGAAGCUCGCGAACGCGUUCGACUUCGUGGGCACGUUCCCCGACGGCUUUCGCACGGCCGUGGGCGCGCGGGGCGUCCAGCUCUCCGGCGGCCAGAAGCAGCGCGUGGCCAUCGCGCGCGCGCUCGUCCGCGAUCCGCGGUGCCUCGUCCUCGACGAGGCGACGUCCGCGCUCGACGCCAAGUCGGAGCGCGUCGUCCAGGACGCCCUCGACGCGCUCCUCGCGACGACCAAGUGCACGACGAUCGUCAUCGCGCACCGGCUGUCCACGAUCAAGCACGCGUCCAAGAUCUGCGUCUUCGGCGACGGCGUCCUCAAGGAGGAGGGCCCCCACGAGGCCCUCAUGGACGCGCGCGGGCCCUACUUCGGGCUCGUGUCCCACCAGCUCGGCGGCGACGCCAACUAA